UCCUACUUCAUGUUGAUAUCCGAUUAAAUGUCUUUCGUAUGAAUUUCUUUUAAUCAGCUGAUAAUGUCUUUCUCAACUACCAGAUACACACACAGAUAACAACACUAUCCUGUAUGAAACAUUUCUAUUACAUUGACUUAACAGAAGAAACAUCCUCAAUAUCUAGCAUGUUUUCAAGACUAAAGGAAAAUAUUAUAUGAAACCUGCAUAACGUUGUUUCUACAAAUCUGUGAUAGAAUUCCUUUGAAACAUUUGCUCUGAAAUAAUAUUAGCCAAAUUUGUGAACAUCCCUGACUGGAGUGUCAAGAAGACGAGCCUGUGUGCUGAUUGAAGUUGGAUAAAUUUAUAACCUCAGACGGCAUUGACGUAACGGAAGAAACAUCCUCAAUAUCUACCAUGUUUUAAACACUGAAGUAAACAAUUAUACGGAUCAGAUGGAUCAGAUUGUUUCUACAAAUCUGUGGAGGAAUUCCUGUGAAACAUUUGCUUUCAAAUAACAUUAAUAGUCUAAUUUGUGAACAACCCUGACUGGAGUGUCAAGAAGACGAGCCUGUGUGCUGAUUGAAGUUGGAUAAAUUUAUGUAAGUGUUGCUAAAGAAAGGUAACCCUGGACAGAAAUACAGGUGUAGAAGUGUUUGUAAGGAAGAAAGUAAAAGAACAAAAGGAAGGAAAAUAUAUAAACUUGGAUUUGAGGGGAAUAAUAAUGGAAAAGAGUGAGAAAAUGGUAUAAUUGAUUUCCUCUGAAAUCAAAGAAAGUAAACUAAUUAUGCAUAAACGUAUUCAUACAGGAGAGAAACCUUAUCACUGUGAUAUCUGUGGUAAAUCAUUCUCUAGAAGUAGUCACAUUUCUGCACACAAACGUAUACAUACAGGAGAGAAACCAUAUCAUUGUGAUAUCUGUGGUAAAUCAUUCUCUCAUAAUUGUGUCUUAAUUGCACAUAAACGUAUUCAUUCAGGAGAGAGACCAUAUCACUGUGAUAUCUGUGGUAAAUCAUUCUCUUACAGUAGUUACUUAUCUACACACAAACAUAUUCACACAGGGGAGAGACCAUAUCAUUGUGAUAUCUGUGGUAAAUCAUUUUCUAGCAGUGGUUAUGUUACUGCUCACAAACGUACUCAUACAGGAGAGAAACCAUAUCAGUGUAAUAUCUGUGGUAAAUCAUUCUCUAGAAGUAAUCGCGUUACUGCACACAAACGUACUCAUACAGGUGAGAAGCCAUAUCAUUGUGAUAUUUGUGGUAACUCUUUCACUGAAAAUGCUGCCUUAACAAAGCACAAGCGUAUUCAUACAGGAGAGAAACCAUAUCGUUGUGAUAUCUGUGGUAAAUCAUUCUCUCAUAAUUGUGUCUUAAUUGCACAUAAACGUACUCAUUCAGGAGAGAGACCAUAUCAGUGUGAUAUCUGUGGUAAAUCAUUCUCUGAAAGUGGUACAUUAACUAAACACAACUCUAUUCAUACAGGAGAGAAGCCAUAUCACUGUGAUAUCUGUGGUAAAUCAUUCUCUCAAAAUAGUAACUUAAUGAAACACAAAUAUAUACAUACAGGAGAGAAGCCAUAUCACUGUGACAUCUGUGGUAAAUCAUUCUCUCAAAAUGGUGACUUGACUACACACAAACAUACUCAUACAGGAGAGAAACCAUAUCAUUGUGAUAUUUGUGGUAAAUCAUUCUCAAGUAGUAGUAAUCUUUCUACACACAAACGUAUUCACACAGGUGAGAAGUCAUAUCAUUGUGAUAUCUGUAGUAAAUCAUUCUCCAAAUAUAAUGACUUAACUAAACAUAAACGUAUUCAUACAGGAGAGAAGCCUUAUCAUUGUGAUAUCUGUGGUAAAUCAUUCUCUCUGAAUAGCAUCUUAACUGCACAUAAACGUAUUCAUACAGGAGAGAAACCAUAUCACUGUGAUGUCUGUGGUAAAUCAUUCUCUGAAAGUAGCAAAUUAACUAGACACAACUCUAUUCAUACAGGAGAGAAGCCACAUCACUGUGAUAUCUGUGGUAAAUCAUUCUCUCAAAAUAGUAACUUAAUGAAACACAAAUAUAUACAUACUGGAGAGAGACGAUAUCACUGUGGUAGCUGUGGUAAAUCAUUCUCUAACAGUAGUAACUUAUCUAGACACAAACAUAUUCACACAGGAGAGAAACCUUAUCACUGUGAUAUCUGUGGUAAAUCAUUCUCUAGAAGUAGUCACAUUUCUGCACACAAACGUAUACAUACAGGAGAGAAACCAUAUCAGUGUGAUAUUUGUGGUAACUCUUUCUCUGAAAAUACUGCCUUAACAAAACACAAUCGUACUCAUACAGGAGAGAAACCUUAUCACUGUGAUAUCUGUGGUAAAUCAUUCUCUCAAAAUUGUGACUUAACAAAACACAAGCAUAUUCAUACAGGAGAGAAAGAGAUGCAAUAUCAGUGUGAUAUCUGUGGUAAAUCAUUCUCUUGCAGUCGUAACUUAUCUACGCACAAACGUACACAUACAGGAGAGAAACCAUAUCACUGUGAUAUCUGUGGUAAAUCAUUUCCUAACAGUGGUCAUGUUACUGUGCACAAACGUACUCAUACAGGAGAGAAACGAUAUCAGUGUGAUAUUUGUGGUAAAUCAUUCUUAAACAGUGGUUACGUUACUGUGCACAAACGUAUUCAUACAGGAGAGAAACCAUAUCAUUGCGAUAUCUGUGGUAAAUCAUUCUCUACCAGUGAUCACGUUACUUUGCACAAACGUACUCAUACAGGAGAGAAACCAUAUCACUGUGAUAUCUGUGGUAAAUCAUUCUCUAGAAGUAUUCACGUUACUACACACAAAAGAACUCAUACAGGAGAGAAGCCAUAUCAUUGUGAUAUCUGUGGUAAAUCAUUCUCUGUUAAUAGUAUCUUAACCUCACAUAAACGUAUUCAUACAGGAGAGAAACCAUUUCCUUGUGAUAUUUGUGGUAAUUCAUUCUCUAACAAUAGUGGCUUAGCAAAGCACAGACGUAUGCAUACAGGAGAGAAACCAUAUCAGUGUGAUAUCUGUGGUAAAUCAUUCUCUCAGGAUAGUAACUUAAUGACACACAAACUGAUUCAUACAGGAGAGAAACCAUAUCACUGUGAUACUUGUGGUAAUUCAUUCUCUAACAAAAGUGGCUUAGCAAAGCACAGACGUAUGCAUACAGGAGAGAAGCCAUAUCACUGUGAUACUUGUGGUAAUUCAUUCUCCAACAAAAGUGGCUUAGCAAAGCACAGACGUAUGCAUACAGGAGAGAAACCAUAUCAGUGUGAUAUCUGUGGUAAAUCAUUCUCUCAGGAUAGUAACUUAAUGACACACAAACUGAUUCAUACAGGAGAGAAACCAUAUCGCUGUUACGUCUGUGGUAAAUCAUUCUCUCAAAAUAAUAACUUAUCUAGACACAAACAUGUUCAUGCAGGGGAGAAACCAUAUCAUUGCCAUAUCUGAGGUAAAUCAUUUUCUCAAAAUUGUCACUCAGCAAGACACAAAUAUAUUCAUACAGGGAAGAAAGGAAAAGGGUAGUUUCUUGUCUACUAUAUAUUUUUGAUAUACCUGUGUUUCAUCUGAUGGGAAAAUAUGGAUAAAAAUAUUUCAAAAAUUUUA